CUAAUUAAGUAUGACCAUAACCUUGUGUAAUCACAUAGUGAUUGAUUCUACGCAAGCUCUGGGUGCCACAAAGCAGACUGGAGGAGGCGUUCAACGGUUAAACCUUGCCAGGGCCUAAGGUGGAGCAGAUCAUGUACAAGUUCUGAGGCAGAAGCUGGACUUUAGUUCAUUCCUAGUUCUUACCUUCAGUCAUAAAUGUACAAGGGCCCUUGUGUGCAGCUGAAGCAAGGCCCAGCUGGCAAAACUUGAGGUGGGAGCCAAGAGAAAAUUUGACCUUAACUGUUAAUAGGGGCUUUGUCCAAACUGAAAAUUUGGGCUAGGGUAAUAGAGAGCUAAUGUUUCCUGAGAGAUCCCCAUUUCCCAGAUACUGCAGUGUAUAAGUUUUAUCUAAUUUAAUUCUCUAUGUCACUCAUUUUGCUCUCACAGUAACCCUGCAUGAUGAUGACUCUCAUUUACCAGCAACAGAAGCUCAGUCAAGAAGGAGAGGAAGAAGUGAUGAUGAUGAUGCAGAGACCACCAGUCUGCACCAGCUGAGCCCAUCUGCAGAGGGCGUUCUGCAGACACCUUGCUGCAGCUCGAUUCCCAGCCACACAGGAGCUGAAGAGACCUGCGUGGGAGCAAGUGGUCUGCAAGGCUUCAACAAUGCAUGAACUGAGAACUUCCAGAUGUUCAAGCUGGAUUUAGCAAAGGCAAAAGAAGCAGAGAUCAAAUUACCAACGUCCGUUGGAUCACUGAAAAACCAAGAGAAUUCCAGAAAAACAUCUGCUUCGUUGACUAUGCUAAAGCCUUUGACUAUGUGGAUCACAACAAACUGUAGAAAAUUCUUGAAGAGAUGGGAAUACCACACUGCCUUACCUGCCUCCUGAGAAACCUGUAUGCAGGUCAAGAAGCAAUAGUUAGAACUAGACAUGGAAAAACAGACUGGUUCAAAAUUGGGAGAAGAGUAUGUCGACAUUGUAUGCUGUCACCCUGCUUAUUUAAUUUAUAUGCAGAGUACAUCAUGUGAAAUGCCGGGCUGGAUGAAGCACAAGCUGGAAUCAAGAUUUCCAGCAUAAAUGUCAAUAACCUCAGAUACGCAGAUGACACUACCCUUAUGGCAGAAAGUGAAGAACUAAAGAGUCUCUUGAUGAAGGUGAAAGAGGAGAGUGGAAAAACUGGCUUAAAGCUCAGCAUUCAAAAAACUGAGAUCAUGGCAUCCAGUCCCAUCACUUCGUGGCAAAUAGAUGGGGAAAUAAUUGAAACAGUGACAGACUUUAUUUUCUUGGCCUCCAAAAUCACUGCAGAUGGUGACUUUAGCCAUGAAAUUAAAAGACAUUUGCUCCUUGGAUGAAAAGCUAUGUCCAACCUAGACAGCAUAUUAAAAAACAGAAACAUUACUUUGCCAACAAACGUCCGUCUAGUCAAAGCUGACUACUUUGACUACUGGUUUUUCCAGUAGUCAUGUAGGGAUGUGAGAAUUGGAUCAGAAAGAAAGUUGAGUACUGAAGAAUUGAUGCUUUUGAACUGUGGUAUAGGAGAAGACUCUUGAGAGUCCCCUGGACUGCAGUGAUAUCAAACCAGUCAAUCUUAAAAGGAAAUCAGUCCUGAAUAUUCAUUGGAAGGACUGAUGCUGAAGCUGAAACUCCAAUACUUUGGCCACCUGAUGUGAAGAACUGACUCAUUGGAAAAGACCCUGAUGCUGGGAAAGAUUGAAGGCAGGAGGAGAAGGACAGAAGAUGAGGUGGUUGAAUGGCAUCACCGACUAAAUAGACAUGAGUUUUUGAGUAAACUCCGGGAGUUGGUGAUGGACAGGGAAGCCCGGCAUGCUGCAGUCCAUGGGGUCACAAAGAGUCAGACAUGACUGAGCGACUGAACUGGGAAAAAAAAUGUAGAAUGAGGAGUGAGUUAUUAGUGUGGUGUUUAGUAUGAUGGAGUAACAAACGGCACUGGUGAGGAGGAAAGUCAAGGAGAAAUAUGGAAGGAAGAAAAGAAGGGAAGAAAGAAAAGGAAGGAAACAAGGAAGAAGGAGGAGAAAGAGGAACCCUUGUCAGGAAGUUAAAUGGAAUGGCACUUACUGUGGUGCCGGAGGCAUUUUAAGAGGACUGAUUGGCUGUAACUAUGUAUGGAUGUAGUUUCUAAGCAGUCAUUGAGCCCUGAAUUGAUCCACAGGCUGAACUAGGUUCGAGGGGGCUGUGAAAGCUGGGAGCCACGAGGUUACUCUGAAGUGCCCUCAUCCCUGGAAGAGACACCUGGAUGAGCCUUGGGGAACCCUUCGAAGUCCUGGAAUCUGGUUUUCAUAAGAUCUUUUUCAGCAAGUCGGACGAUUCUGCCAGAGGGAGCGAGGAAUUAAAUAGAUGCCGCGGCCCCAGAAGGCUUAGACGUCGGGAAAGAGCAGCCGGAGAGGCCGGAGCGGCAGGGGCGGCGGCGGCUGGCGCUCGGCGCAGCUUUUGGGACCCCAUUGGGGGAAUUUGAUCCAGGGAAGCUGUGAGAUUGCCGGGGGAGGAGAAGCUCUCAUAUCAUUGUGUCCACUUCCAGGGGGGGAGGAGGAGACGGCGGAGCGGGCCUCUCGGCGUUCUCCGCACUGCUGCACCCUGCCCCAUCCUGCCGAGAUCAUGGUCUGCGGCAGCCGGGGCGGGAUGCUGCCGCUGCCGGCCGGGCUACUCGCCCUGGCUGCGCUCUGCCUGCUCCGCGCGCCCGGAGCUCGGGCGGCCGCCUGUGAGCCCGUCCGCAUCCCCCUGUGCAAGUCCUUGCCCUGGAACAUGACUAAGAUGCCCAACCACCUGCACCACAGCACCCAGGCCAACGCCAUCCUGGCCAUCGAGCAGUUCGAGGGUCUGCUGGGCACCCACUGCAGCCCGGAUCUGCUCUUCUUCCUCUGUGCUAUGUACGCGCCCAUCUGCACCAUUGACUUCCAGCACGAGCCCAUCAAGCCCUGCAAGUCUGUGUGCGAGCGGGCCCGGCAGGGCUGCGAGCCCAUCCUCAUCAAGUACCGCCACUCGUGGCCGGAAAGCCUGGCCUGCGAGGAGCUGCCCGUUUAUGACCGCGGCGUGUGCAUCUCUCCGGAGGCCAUCGUCACUGCCGACGGAGCCGAUUUUCCUAUGGAUUCUAGUAACGGAAACUGUAGGGGAGCAAGCAGUGAACGCUGCAAAUGUAAACCAGUCAGAGCUACACAGAAGACCUAUUUCCGAAACAAUUACAACUACGUCAUUCGGGCUAAAGUUAAAGAAGUAAAGACUAAGUGCCAUGAUGUGACUGCAGUCGUGGAGGUGAAGGAGAUUUUAAAGGCGUCUCUGGUAAACAUUCCAAGGGAAACUGUGAACCUUUAUACCAGCUCUGGCUGCCUGUGUCCGCCACUUAACGUUAAUGAGGAGUAUCUCAUCAUGGGCUAUGAAGAUGAAGAGCGCUCCAGAUUACUGUUGGUGGAAGGUUCUAUUGCUGAGAAAUGGAAGGAUCGACUUGGUAAAAAAGUUAAGCGCUGGGAUAUGAAGCUCCGUCAUCUUGGACUGAAUAAAAGUGAUUCUAGCCAUAGUGAUUCCACUCAGAGUCAGAAGCCUGGCAGGAACUCUAACUCCCGGCAAGCACGCACCUAAAUCCUGAAGUGCAGAAACUCCUCAGUGGACUUCCUAUUAAGACUUGCAUUGCUGGACUAGCAAAGGAAAAUUGCACUAUUGCACGUCAUAGUCUAUUUUUUAACCACAAAAAUCAGGUGGUAACUGAUAUUACUUCUAUUUUUUCUUUUGUUUUCUGCUUUUCUCCUUCCCCCAUUCCCUUUUAUGUGGUCUGAGUACAGAUCCUUAAAUAUAUUAUAUGUAUUCUAUUUCACUAAUCAUGGGAAAACUGUUCUUUGCAAUAAUAAUAAAUUAAACAUGUUGAUACUAGGGCCUCUUUGCUGGAGUAAAUGUUAAUUUGCUGUUCUGCACCCAGAUUGGGAAUGCAAUAUUGGAUGCAAAGAGAGAUUUCUGGUAUACAGAGAAAGAUAGAUAGGCUGUAAAGCAUACUUUGCUGAUCUAAUUACAGCCUCAUUUUUGCAUGCUUUUUGGCAUUCUCAUCACGCUUAGAAAGUUCUAAAUGUUUAUAAAGGUAAAAUGGCAGUUUGAAAUCAAAUGCCAACAGGCAAAGCAAUCAAGCACCAGGAAGCAUUUAUGAGGAAAUGACACAUGAGAUGAAUUAUUUGCAAGAUUGGCAGGAAGCAAAAUAAAUAGCUUUAGGAACUGGGGAUAGAGCAUUUUGCCUGACUGAGAAGCACAACUGAAACUAGUAGCUAUUGGGAUGUUAGCAGCAGCAUUUUUCUUUUGGCAAUACAUUUGAUUUGUUUGUGAAUAUAUUAAUCAGCAUUAGAGCAAUAGAUUGUAACCAGACAUCAGCUGUUAUCAGCAUAGCUCUGUUUAAUUUGCUUCCUUUUAGAUGAACCUACUGGUGGUCUUUUUUUGCUUCUUUUAAAAUAAAUCUCCCUUGCUGCAUUUGACCAGGAAAAGAAAACAUAUAUGCAUGUGCACCAGACUGUUAUUUUUAAGAUACGUAGCUCUAUAAAAUGCUAUAGUCAAAAGAUGGUAAAAUGUGCAAGAUUCUGGGUGUGUGUAUCCGUGUGUGUGUGUCCCUAUACACUCACACUCAAGCUGAACUGAACGACAGGCCUGUGCACUGGCCUGCACUUUAUCAUUUGGAUUUGUGCUGUUUAAUGCUCAGUAAAAUAUGCUUAAUAAAAGGAAUUAUGGUUGUCAGGA